CAUAACGGCCAUCAUGGACAUGUUUCCCAACCAGCUGCUUCCGCGUCGUAAGCUGUUCGUGUUCUGCACGUGCGUGUUCUACAUGCUGGUCGCAACGCCAAUGCUCACGGACGGAGGCAUGUACCUCUUCCAGCUGUUCGACGCGUUCUCCGCCUCCGGCAUCUCACUCAUCUUCAUCGUGUUCUGCGAGACGAUUGCCAUCGCGUGGAUAUACGGAGCCGAAAGGGUGUAUGAUGGCAUUAACGACAUGAUCGGCUUCUAUCCAAUAAGAUGGUGGAAAUUCUGCUGGCAGUUCGUGUGUCCAAUCGCCAUGAUCGUAAGUACAGACAGUGUCCCUGCUUGCUCGCCGAUUCGCAACACUAUAAUCAAAAGCGUAUUAAGUAUAUAAUUAACAAUACACACUUACAUACAAUUACAAUUACA